AUAUCUGGGCAGUAUCCAAAUAAAUCAUCUUCAUCCUCUGUCUCAUUUCUUUGCGCAUCGAACCCUUCAUUAUCAUCACCAUGCCAGACAUCAACGAACUACUUCGCUGGUCAAUUGCAAACUCCACCGCCCCCGAUACGGACGCUUCUGAGCAACUACAGAUACGCUUCAAUCCCAACUCAACUCAGAGCGGCACUUCCACACUUCAUGCCUCCGAUUCGGGACCCCCAGAUAUCUCCCCAGCAUCGACUCCAGGGCCUGUUACGCCGGACGAUGGAAGCUCUCUACCAUUACCACCUGGCACAGAGGUUCCUGUCACCAAAAAGGAGGAUUUAACGACAGAGAUGUUGGAUUUGAUUUUGGGUAAGGGAGAUAGUAUCACCAUGAAGGAGAAGAUGGCGUUUGCCACAGAUGAGAACAAUUCUGUAGAGGACAGGGUGGAGGCUUUGGACGAUUUUGAAAUGCUAAUUGAGCUCAUCGACAAUGCCAAUAACAUGCCCAUAUUAAAAUUAUGGGAUCCUCUUCUCACUCUACUUUCCUCAUCACACCCAGAAAUAGUCGCCCAUACAUGCUGGAUCAUUGGUACGGCCAUCCAGAAUAACAUCAAAGCUCAAGCUGCCUUUUAUAUACAUGAAACCUUCUCUCGCAUCCUGGAAAUCAUUUACCCGCCAUCUUCCAUCUCUUCAUAUCCUCCGUCGGUGCGUGCCAAAGCUACAUAUGCUCUUUCGGCAGCCCUCAAACACUGGCCUCUGGCUUCUUAUGCUCUUUACACCGCUACCUCUUCUGCGGAAAACGGAUAUUCCGUUCUUAGACGAGGUGUGAACGAUCCCCAGGCUAUUGUCAGAAGAAAGAUGGCGUUUCUUGUGGGAACGCUUGCAAUGCAGUCUGGUGAGAGAUAUGAAGGCGAGAUCCCCAGCGAGGUCCGUAAUUAUAUCGAGGAGAACGAAAAGAACGCCCCCAGUGAAAGUCUUGUGGAGGGCUUGAAACGAGAGGGGGUCUUCACGGCCUUGGUUGAUGGAUUGAAGCAAGGCGUAGAUGACGUUGAAUACGAAGAAAAUGCCAUGAGAGCCCUCGUGAGGGCACAUCAGAAAGGCGGCUUGACUGUUUCUGAGAAGAGUGAUUUGAAAACUAUUUGGGAGAAAUGGGGGAAGCAAGGGAGGCAAGAAAGGGGGUUGGAUGGUGAAGACGGUAAAGAGGUUUCUGAGACUCUCUCCUCGUGAUCUUUAGACUUAUAUAUGUAUUGUAAAUUACACUAUCUUUAGGUUCAGGCAGCUCAGGGUUUGAAACGACGUGGAUUCAUUUUCUUUUCAGACUUCUAUUGCAUUUUAGGACAUGUUUGCUUCACAAAAUACGUAGCAUGGUCGAAGAAUGGGGUCUUCCUUUCCAUCAUUGUGGAAUGUGUGUACGGAAACGAGCCUGUUACCCAUGUAAUGCGGGCGGGCGAGGCUAAAGAUCACAGACUAGCGGAGUACAAUAGCUUGAAAUAUACUUUAUAAUUCUAAGCGUGGUCUUGAGAAUAACCGUAUACCUUCUAAGCAUUAUGAUUGACAUCUUCCAACACUCUUUCCAUGGCC